AUGGAAACAAUGGAACUUGGUCAUUAUUUAAUGACACCCCAAAUUGGGGGCAAGAAUGGAUUUAAUCCAUUUUCACCUGAUUUUCUCUUUUAUAAUGAUGACAUUACAAAUAUUAAACAAACACAACAACAUCAUGGAUUAUUGCACGAUAGUAAAUUAUUUUUAGAUUCUGAUUUUAGUUUCGAUCACGAAGAAACACCAGGAAACAUCGACGUUAGUGACCUUUUUAAAGAUUUAGAUUUAGAAUGGGAAUUACAAAAAUUAAUUAGUUGUUCCUCUUUUCCAAUAACGACAGCAACGGAUUUUGCAUUGUCACCACUACCCACAGAAGAAGAAAAACCUUCGAGUCCAAUGUCGUCCAUUGACGGGUUGAUGAACGAUGAUAUCUGGAUUGGGGAAGAAUGUACUAUCGGUAUUCAGUCUCCUAUAUCAUCUCCAACCACAACAACACAAUAUGAUUCAGAUAGCACCUCACCCGUUUCAUCACCAUCAGGUUCGAUAACAUCAUCUACCAGGACGUCAACGGAUUCAACUACCAAUGAUUCAACUUCUAUAAUCAAAAAAUGUCGUCGUAGUCGCAGGUUAACACAACCUGAAAAGAAACUACGAAAAAAAGUACAAAAUAAAACAGCAGCUGAAAAAUAUCGAUUUAAAAAGAAAAUAGAAAAACAAACAAUAUACGAAAGGAGAACAAAAUUAGAAAGCAGCAAUAAAGAUUUGCAAUUAGAAGUUGAUAAUUUACAAUAUCGAAUUACACAAUUGAAACAAUUAUUUGUCGAUAUAUUACAUGUGAAAGAAUUUCAACAAGCUCAACAAAACAACAGCCUGUAG